CGCAGACCGUCGGGCGAUACGAGCGAUACAAACGGUCUGUUGUUGGGUUUUCACGCGAACUCGCACACACGCACACUCACGCCUACACUCGAACGUAUUGCACACGUUCCACGUCGAUCUUUCGUCACGUGGUCGGUGCGCUCAAACGACGACCCACAUAAUAUAUUAUACAAUAUUCCCGCGAUAAUAUAGUAAAGUUAUAAUCUCUGACAGUAUUUUUUUAAUACGUUKUCAUUAAAAUGUUACCGCUUAUCCAGAAGUGCACGAUAAUGGGUUACGGAUAACAUUUAUUAUUGUACUGUAACGACACAUUUCGAUCAAAAAAGAAAACUGUUUGUAUAGAAACGACGGUAAAAAAUCACACGUGUUCUUGUCCCGACAGCGACCUGUACAUAUUAUACAGGUCACCAAUAACGUUUGUUAUUGUAAUAACGCGUCGUCGCGUACGACUGCAUUGCCGCAAAUGGUAUGAUGACCAUGAUGUAUGGAUCGGAAAAAAUGAUGGCCGGCAAACCGCCGUUGCCCAUCACAGCCACCGGACCGUGUUUUCCCGGACGGUAUUCGCCGACGUACCGGAAUUCUGCGGACCCAAUGCGCAGAUGUAUGGCCAACCCGUCAAGCCGGAUCCUAGAGGAUGCGUCCUCAUUCAUGUGCAACACCUGGUCUCCACGACACAAUGGUGACUUAUUUGGUGGUCUCAAUGACGGUCUGCUCAGUAGAGCUGAAGUGCUUGCUGCUGUGGACAUGGGAAAACACCACCAUCAUCACAAUCAUCAAUCACCGGGAUCCGGUAAUGGCAACGGUGGAGGCCAGGGCAAUGGAUCAUUGGGGCCUGGAUCCACUGGAUCGCCUGGACCGCUCUCUCAGCUCAAGCACGACGUUAUGUCGUCAUACCACCACCAUCAUGGAAUGUCUGGUGGACACUCAGGUAGCCAAUCAAACCACCGAGGUCAUCAGAUGCACCCAGGUAUGGAAGGCCUCGACCUCCUGGAGCCCAUAUCGUCGUCGACCAUGACCACGUUGACACCGAUGUCGGACGGGUCCGGACACGGUCCGCUCCACCCCGGCGUCUACGGUGCGGGCAUGAUGAGCGGCCACCAUCACCACCAUUCGCACUCGGGUGCUGGUCCGAACGGCCACCCGCAUCACCACCAUCACCACCAUCAUCAUCACGCGGCAGCGGCGGCGGCUGCAGCUGCCGCCGCUGCCGGUAUGAUCGGUGCCGGCGGUGGUGCCGGACUCCAGCAUCCCGACACCGAUACGGAUCCACGCGAACUGGAGGCGUUCGCCGAACGGUUUAAGCAACGGCGGAUCAAGCUGGGCGUGACGCAAGCGGACGUUGGCAAGGCGCUGGCCAACCUUAAGCUGCCGGGCGUCGGCGCGCUGUCCCAGAGCACCAUAUGCCGGUUCGAGUCGCUGACGCUGUCACACAACAACAUGAUCGCCCUCAAGCCCAUCCUGCAGGCGUGGCUGGAAGAGGCCGAGGCGCAGGCCAAGAACAAGCGCCGCGAUCCGGACGCGCCAAGCGUGCUUCCGGCCGGCGAGAAGAAACGGAAGCGCACGUCGAUCGCGGCGCCCGAGAAACGGUCGUUGGAAGCGUACUUUGCCGUGCAGCCGCGGCCUUCGGGCGAGAAGAUCGCUGCCAUAGCGGAAAAGCUCGACCUGAAAAAGAACGUGGUCAGAGUGUGGUUCUGCAAUCAGAGGCAAAAGCAAAAGCGCAUGAAGUUCGCGGCCCAACACUGAUGGACCGGAUCACGCUCCGCCCAUCCGUCACCACUUGAAUCCCUUCCUAAGACACGUGCUCAUUUUAGUUGCAUUAACCGGAAAUAUUCAGUUCUAUAUAAUAAUAAUUUACAUUACUAUUAUUGUCAUUAUAAAUAUUAACAUUAUCUAUAUAAAACCAUAGUUGUGUAUAUAAUGUAUAUAAUAUAGGUUUGGACGACCAACUUGUCAAACACAUAGCUCUCUCUCUUUCUUUCUUUUUCUCUCUCUCUCUCUAUCUGUAACAGCUUUAGACGGUUUCAGUUCAAUUUUUUAUUUUUUUCUAUUUUGAGUGUUUUAUCUUACAAAACGUCCAUGGUAGUGUCAUAUAUAUUUAUAUAUCAUUAUAAUAUUAGCAAAUCUAAUGUAAAAAUUUUAAUCAGCUUCUCGUGUACGAUAUUAAGUGCCACUUAUUAUAAUAACAUGUUCCUAAAAAACACGACCAUCCAUACGAGUGUGAUCAUGCGAAUCAUAACUGAUAUCGUAUUUAUGGUAAAUGUAUAGCCAAAGUCUCAGUUUUGGAUGUACACGCAGGUAUUUUCUUACCAGCGUUAUUUUAUAAAAAUCCAAUAUUUAACGCAUUCCUACCUAGCUGUGUAGGACCCGGGUGUGAGUACCCGCACUUUUCAAGUCGAAUAAGAUACGUAGAAAACCAUCGUGAAAUCAAAUACGCAACAAUCAGUUAAAAACAUCCACACGCAUAAACAUAGGUACUACAUAGUAUACAUAUUACCUACAAUAAAUUUUAAUUACUUAGUAUUUCAAGAUAUAAAAUACCAAAUGAUGCGAUGUUUAUUGAAAUACAUUUCAUAAUAGCUUACGGCAAAUAGCGUAUUAAGGAAAUAAAAUAAAUACAAAUCAUUAUUAUUGAAAUUAAUUUCCGUGAAAUUAAUUUAUACGCUACUUAAAUUACAUUUUUCUCAAGCAUUUCUAACAUUUCUUAAGUUUUUUACCAAGAUAUGUUUUUGGCAGACCAACGAACACACUAAAGCACUGAUAUUAUCUUAAUUAAAAAUAAUAUAUUUUAUUUGAAAAAUAAAUAAUUAUUAUAAUAUAACACAACAAUAAAAAAUAUGUAGCAUCAAAGGCCUAUAAUUACUUAUAC